AUGCAGCAGCGGCCCACAACCACCAACGUGGCGGUUGCUUUUGGCUGGGCCACGACGCACUCGUUCGACUUCGCCGUGGCCAAUCCCGACUAUGAGGAGCCGUCCGACCUCAUGGGUGUCAUUCAGCAGCGCAUGCUGAUGGAUAGGAACGGGGGCCAAAGAGACCAGUCCCAGCCGCAGGAGUACCUGUUCCGCGUCGUGGAUCCUGUCGAACAGACCCCGUUCUCUGGCAUAGAUCGCAUGCACGAGGGCGAUCGUUGCCAUCCAAACACCCCCGAAAAGAAAGCUGACAAGUACAAACUCUACAAGCUGUUUGAUGACCCGCGAUACCAGGCCCGUCAGAUUGUAUAUACAUAUGGCUUUGGGGACAAUUGGGACCACUACAUGACUAUCACGGGUCGAGCCGAUGCCACCAAGAACUUCGUAUGUCUGGACGGCUCUGGUCAUGGUGUUGCCGAAGACGCCGGAGGGGUUGACGGCUGGGCGGAUGUAAAGGCUGCGUAUCGUGCUGCACGCCCGAGCCAGGAGCAGCGCGGUCGUCGAGACUGGUUCGAGCGGCGCGCCAGCAACCGUGAUCCCAGAGGUCUUGCUGGCGAAGGUGUACACGCUUGGGAUCGGCAGCAGAUCAAUAGGGAGCUUGGAAACCUGUUGGGGCGGUUUGAGCGAAUGUCGGAUACCGCUGAAGCACGAAUGGCUGGUCUGUCCCUUCGCUGA